UUAACGUCGUUUCGUUCGCAGAAAGAAAGACAGAGGCCAAAAAACGCCGCGCGAGACGUGCAUUGUGGUGCGUGUAUUUCAUCAUCAUCGAAUCGCGAAUCACCAACGAAGCGCACCACAACGGCGCGUUUUGAUUCCUCUUUUCUUUCUUCUCCUCUGCUUUUGAGUUGUUUCUUCCUUUUUCUUCUUUUCUGACAAAAUUGUUUCUUUCCUUUUGGCCAACUCAAAUCUCGGGCGAAAACCAAAAACCAAAAAAUAAUAUAAUAUCUUCGUCUCUUCGGUUUUCUUUUAUCCGUUUCGAAGCGCUCGCCGAGAUUUCAGCUAGCUAAGCAUUGGAAGCUGAGAAAUAUGGUUCAGAUUAAGGAAUUUCGGAUUGUCGUGCCUUUGUCACUAGAAGAGUACCAAAUAGCACAAAUGUACAUGGUAACAAAGAUGCAGCAACAGAACACAACGGGUAAAGAAGGGGUUGAAGUCAUGGUGAACAGGUUCUUUGAAGAUGAUGAAUUUGGGAAAGGUCAAUAUACUUCUAAAUUAUAUCAUCUACAAAGCAAAGUUCCCGCUUGGCUUACUACUUUUGCACCGGCAGAUGCUCUUGUCAUGCAAGAAGAAGCCUGGAACGCAUACCCAAGAUGCAAAACAGUAAUCCAGUGUCCAUACUUUACCAAGUUUCGGCUGACCAUUGAAACUGUCCAUAAAGCCGACAAUGGGCAAUCAGAAAAUGUCCAUGGUCUAAGCAAAGAACAACUAGCAGCCAGGCAGGUGGAAUUCGUUGAUAUCGCGUCCUCAUCGACAGAUUACUGGAGUUACAUGGUUGGAAGUAACAGUGUAGAUCUAUCAAAUUUUAAGUCCACGAGAACUGGCCGCGGUCCACUUUCAGAGGGAUGGCAGGAUACUUGUGAUCCGGUUAUGACGGCAUACAAAUUGGUCACCAUAGAUGCACCAUACUGGGGCUUUGGCUAUCGACUUGAGCAAGCUCUGCUAGCAGGAGAAAGGGCCCUUUUUCUAGAGAGUCACCGAAAUUGUUUUACCUGGAUCGACGAAUGGUUUGGGAUGACAAUGCAACAGAUUCGCGAACUUGAACAAGAAAGCGAUUCCCUAUUGAAUGAGAAACUUCGCACGCCAACUUUGUCGACAAAUGUGGAAGACUUUGAAGACAGAUAAAUGACUAGUAGAUGUAGCCAAAGAUCACACGCUCAGCUACGUUGCACAAGGAUUGGACUGCAGAGACUUACACAUACAAUCCUUUUGAAGAUAAUUUUUCAGAUGUUUUUAGCAGCUUCCGGUUAAUUAUUUGGUUGAGAUCGGGAGUUUGACAUUCAUUAUUCAUUUUCUGUUCAGUUCACAUUCAUAUUGCCAAUAAAAAAUAAAUAAAUAAAUUCUCUAUCAGAAUGUCAUCACCAAAUCUCGAUCAAUGCCAUUAACUCUAUCGGAUUUCU